AUGAAUAAAAAUCAGCGUAUUGCUGUCAAUAUUUCUUUCUUUCAAAAUGCCUGCCGUUUUCCCUUCUUUCCUUUUCCUUCUUCUUUCCAGUUUUUAAAGCUCAUUCUUUCUUUCUUUCUUUUUAUGAAUUCCUUCCUGCUAAGUUGUUCUUACUUUCAUUGGAUAUUUUCUUUUCUCUUUUCUGUUGAAACAUUUUCUCAGAAAUCUUUCAUAUUUUUAUUCUUAACAACAGCCGCGAAGGCGGAAAGUGAGACGAAAACGAGGCUAUCUGGGCAGUUAUCUGCUGGUGGUACUUUCCUGACGAGCAUCUGUAUGAGUAAGGAUGAUCACAAAGAACCGGCUAUGGCUUCGCAGAGCAAAUGGAAAUUUUGCGCCAUUGUGUUUCUGGUUCUGUCAGUUUGUCUUGUGUUGGCAUUGACAGUCGUCAUCAUAUUAAAAGACAGGGAAAAGAAAGAAUUAUUAGUAGAACAAUGCACCGAAGGUUUGGCCACACAAGGCAUGCCAAAUCCAGACAAACCUCACAUUUUUGCUGACCUCACGUCGAAAGAGAUGCGUGCCGUGGUUCGUUAUAUGCGCAAUCGGAGGGAUUUGAAUAUAGAUGACCCAUCAAAAUUGACAGGAUUAAACAUCAGUUAUAUAAGUAACAUCGAAUUACUACCACCAGAAAAACAACAAGCACUUGAUUAUCUCGAAGGUAGAGGUAAGCAACCUUUGAGAAGGGCAAAAGUUACCCUUUUUCGCGGUGACAAAGCAAAUCCUGAUGUGGAAGAAUACAUAGUCGGUCCGCUACCUAAUCCGUCACACGGUACUCUGGUGAGAAUUGUACCCUUCGCCUUCCGACCAAUCAGCGGUUUAGAAAGUCUCGCGAUGAUAAAUAUCGGAAUAAUUAUUGAACGGAAUUUGGGUCGAAUUUUGCAUGAGAGUUUCGGCACUUCUUUCAUAAACUGUGGCUCACAGUGUCUCACAGCAUAUGUCAUGACACCAAUGUCAACAGCGAUUUCCCAGAAAGAGGAACGAAUGAUUUGGCUUUGGGUGGCUUAUAAUGUGGAGUUCAUUUCUUUACACCCAGUAGAUCUCAAUAUCUUAGUGAAUUUAACGGGAAAUGAUCCCUCGAAAUUUUCAGUCGAUAAAAUAUGGUACAACGGGCAGCUCUUUCACUCACUCACAGAAUUUGUAGAUCGUUAUUCCACAGACUCGACUGUGAAGAAAUUAAAACUCACUUUUCCUAAAAACGAUAAAAACUUGUUUUCUACUCUUAAUCUCCGCGGUACAACGUUUCCGACUACGGGACAGAGACGACCUUAUCAAACCGAACCGGAUGGUAGGCGGUACAGUGUAACUGGAACGGAAGUAGAAUAUAUGGGAUGGAAAUUCACAUUUCGAAUGUCGACGGUUAGUGGUCCCCAGUAUUAUAAUAUUCGCUAUAAUGGCGAAAGAAUUGUGUACGAAUUAAGCCUCCAAGAACUGGCCGUAAUCUAUUCCGGAUAUAACCCUGCUCAAAGAUUUGCGGACUAUUUUGACAGUUAUGGCAUGUAUGGUAAACUUGUUCGGACAUUGGUGCCUGGUGCUGACUGCCCUGAGCAUGCGCAGAUGAUUUCUGCCUCUCAUUACGAUGAAAUGACAGGAGAUGCAACAACUAAAUCGGUGAACGCAUUCUGUAUAUUCGAACAGAAUACUGGCAUCCCACUUCGACGCCAUCAUUCAUAUUCUGUUUUCGGUGGCCGAUUCUAUGGCGGCAUGAUGGACGAUGUUCUUGUGCUCAGGACAAUUUUGACGGUACUUAACUACGAUUACAUUUUCGAUUUAGUGCUUCAUCAAAAUGGCGCGAUCGAGGUACGCGUGAUUUCAACUGGUUAUAUAAUGGGUACCUACGCUACAGAUAAAGAGAAACCGUUCGGAGCACAUCUUCAUGACCACAUCAGUGGAAACAUGCAUCAGCAUUUAUUUAACUUCCGGGUCGAUGUAGACAUUAAAGGAACCAAGAAUCGAUAUGAGACACUCGACAUCAAAUCCAGUAGCUUCCCGAAUAGGGAAUGGGGUCCAGAGAGGCUUUAUUUCCAAACAACGUACAGCCGAGAUCUAAAGACAAAUGAGAAGCAAGCUGCCUACAAAUACAACUUUGAUACUCCCAAAUACCUGUUGUUUAGCAACAAUAAGUUCAAGACGAAGCAAGGAAUUCCACGAUCCUAUCGGUUACAAAUUAACGGGAUGACAAAAUCGGUUUUACCGGUAGACAAAAACAGUGAAAAUAGUCGAACAUGGGCACGCUACCAAAUGGCUGUAACAACCUUCAAAGAAAAUGAAACCAGAAGCAGUUCAGAAUAUGCUAUGUAUGAUGGAAUGAAGCCGAUUGUAAGAUUUCAGGAUUAUAUCGACGAUAAUGAAAAUAUUGUGGAUGAGGAUCUGGUAGCCUGGGUCACAAUAGGAGUUCAUCAUAUUCCCCAUACUGAAGAUCUGCCCAUUACACCCACGGUCGGAGCGCAUCGCAGCUUCUUCUUAUUGCCUUACAAUUAUUUUGAUGAAGACCCAUCGAUGGGGUCCAAAAACGCAAUUCGCUUUGACUUGGACAAGAAAGGAGAUCUCAACAUUUACAGAUACGGUAUUUCAAAUAAACACCAAUGUGUCGCCAGACAAUCCAAAUUUGAUGAGACCGCUCAGAAAAAUCCUAAUCUGGUUGUUCAAACUUUGGAUAAUGCUUUUUAUUAA